AUGCAGCGGUCCUCUCGGUUGCUGCUGCUGCUGCGGCUGCUGUUCCUUUUGGGUUUCUGCUUCUGCUGCUGCUGGCCUUGUCUGGUAUUUGCUUCGCAACUGCAGCAGCAGCAGCAGAUGCAGCAGCAGCAACUGCAGCAGCAGCAGCUGUGGAGAGGCUUUAGUGCAUCUCGUGCAGCAACACUUGGAUGGGUUCCUCCCCCAGCAGCAGCAGCAGCAGCAGCAGCAGCAGCAAAAACAGCAGCAGCAGCAGCAGCAGCAGCAGUGUCUGGUUCGCCCCGAAAGCAUGUGCGUUUCUUCGUCGCGUCCCCAGCAGCAGCAACAGCAGCAGCAGCAGCAACAACAGCAGCACCAGCACCAGCAACAGCAGCAGCUGCUGCUGCAAUGAACCCGUCUGCUGCAGCAGCAGAGCAGCAGCAGGAAGCCCCUAAUAGCCUGCAUCUCCCCUCAGGCCCCGACACGAAUACAGCAGCAGCAGCAGCAGCAGCAGCAGAUGCUGCUGCUGCUGCUGCAGCAGACCCUGAGCCCAGUGCCGCAGCAACAGAAACAGCAGCAGCAGCAGCAGCAGCAGCAGCAGCAGCAAGAGCAGCAGAAGAAGCAAGGACCCCGUUUAUCCUGGAUUCUUCUGUCUUUGGGGGCGCCAGUGCCUUCGCAGCAAAACCCCUCGGCUAUCAACACGUCAUGCGGGGAUACGAUAGGUCCUUGGCUCUUUCCUUUGGUCCGCCUGUUCUCGGCAAGCCGUCGAUGGAGACGACUCCCCCCGAUCCCGUCGAUACUUUUCUGUCCCUAUUACAAACUAUAACAGCCAAAAUGAAUAUUUCACCAGAAGUAGAUCUAGAGGAUUUUGUAUCACCAGCAGCAGCAGCAGCAGCAGCAGCAACAGCAGCAGCACCACCACAAGCAGCACAACCACCCCUACCAUCACCAUCACUAGCAACAGCAGCAGCACCAGCAGCAGCAGCAGCACCAGCAGCACCAGCAGCAGCAGCAGCAGCAGCAGCAGCAGGAGAAAGUAUUGUGUUUGUGUUUGCUGCUGUUGUAUCAGCAGCAGCAGCAGCACCACCACCACCACACAAACAGCACAACCACCAGCAGCAGCAGCAACAGCAGCAGCAGCAGCAGCAGCAGCAGCAGCAGCAGCAGCAGCAGCAGUAG